AUGUCCUUCGACGAAAUGAAUGAUCCGGGGAAAAGGAUUCGGCGAAAUGUUUAUUCGACAAAACGCCCAUUCGACGAAAUAUCCCUUCAGCAAAACUUUCCUUCUGCGAAAUGGGUUUCGGCGAAAUUGACUUCGGCGAAACGUACCACUUUAAGAAACAAUCAUGAUUCCAACAAUUAUGAAGGAUCUCUGACUCUUAAAAAUGAAUGUUUUCAUAUAAGAGCCCCUGUAGAUUUUUUUCAAGCGUCAAGUAAGGAUCUCAAGAAACAAAAGAGGAAGGAUUCAAGUCAGAAAAACAAAAAAGAAUCAGAAGGAGAAGCAUAUGACAUCUUUUUGUUCAGAUAA